GGCAGUAACAGCAAAAGGAAGAAGUCUGUCUUUUAACUCUGAGCCGCCUCAAACGCUGAAAUUACAGUUCCGGCAACUGGAGCGAGAAAGAAACACUACACCUGAAUUCAAGACAGCAUGUAUCUCCUAAUUAUUCUGUUGCAAAUAUCUCUGUUAUGGCUGAGUGCGUACUCUGAGGAGGAGAAAAGAGGUGAUGACGCAGCUUUGUUUGAUGCAGCCGUACCACCAAACGUCUUUAGAAAUACUGGGUUUGCUGGAAAUAAAGCCGGAAAAAGAGAAGUUGAAUUUGAUGCAGCCGUACCACCAAACGUCUUUAGAAAUACUGGGUUUGCUGGAAAUAAAGCCGGAAAAAGAGAAGUUGAAUUUGAUGCAGCCAUACCACCAAACGUCUUUAGAAAUACUGGGUUUGCUGGAAAUAAAGCCGGAAAAAGAGAAGUUGAAUUUGAUGCAGCCGUACCACCAAACGUCUUUAGAAAUACUGGGUUUGCUGGAAAUAAAGCCGGAAAAAGAGAAGUUGAAUUUGAUGCAGCCAUACCACCAAACGUCUUUAGAAAUACUGGGUUUGCUGGAAAUAAAGCCGGAAAAAGAGAAGUUGAAUUUGAUGCAGCCAUACCACCAAACGUCUAUAGAAAUACUGGGUUUGCGGGAAAAAAGGCUGGAAAAAGAGAACUGAGUUGAGAUUGAUGCCGUCAUUCCAUUGUCCAUCCUAAGAAAUUCCAGAUUUGGAUACAACUGUGGAAGAAUGUUAUUUGAGUUUAAGGAAGUUGUUUAAUAAUACUGAGGGAACUCGAUAAACUGGAAUUAAUUUUAAUAAUUUGUGA